AUGUGAAUCGUGUGGCUCCUUCCUAGUUAACCCAUUGAUAGACCAAGGACUUAUUCCUGCAUCUAUGGCACAAAUCUUGAUCCCUCCAUGUAAUGCCCAAAUGAAAGUAAAUCCUACCAAAAAAUCCCGGGUUGUGGCAGAGGGGCGUGUCAUUAGCGGUGACGAGAUACUUAAACAGUUAAAAGAAAAGGAAGAAAAUGCAAGAAAAUUGGAGGAGGCAAAAGAAGAAAGGCGUAAGCUAAAGGAAUUCAGAAAGGAGCAGAAAGAAAGGGACAUUGAAGAAAGGCAACAUAAGAAACAGAAAAAGACAGAAGAGAAGGAACGUCGAGAAAGACAGAAGAAAGAUGAACAAAUUAGGAGAGCUGUGUGUGGACGAUUGGCUAAUAGAAAAUUUACGUGUGGAGUGUGUGGGGAGAGAGGUCGGAUGAAUGACGAGUUAAAUGGUGUGAUGUGGUAUGGUUGUGAUGAGAGUAUGUGUGAGAAAUGGUAUCAUGAAGAAUGUUUAAGUAUGAAAGAGAGAGAAUGUUUAAGAGAGAGUAUGGAAGAGAAGAGUGACUGGUACUGUGGCAAAUGUAAACCCUGGCUGUACCAAGAGGAAUAAAUGUUUCAUUCAUGUUAAUAUGUGUAUAUAUGUGUAUAUAUGUGAUACUUUCAUAUGUAAAAUUGAAAUAAAUAUUAUUUGUAUUUUUAUCAAAGAUGAAAGGAUAUAAUAUCAAAUUACUGAUAAAGAACUAGAAA